AUGAGUUGGUAUCAAAGAAACUCGGCAAAUGGUAAUGGGAAUGGUAACCGUGCAUUGUUGCUGACCCCGCGGAGUCAGAGUCAACUGAACCAAGUUCAAGUUUCAGACUCGUCACCUAUUCAUAUUACUUCAUCACCAGCCGAGGGCAGUUCAUCGCCUCCGGCUCCACGACAACCGAGUCUCACGCAUAAAAUAGAUGAAGCUAAACGGAAGGACAUUGAAAGGAAAAGACAGCUAAUACGCGAACAUAAGGAUUUCCCUCUUGUUCGAAGAAGAUUUCAUUAUCUUAGUGAGAGUGAUAUAUUUAAAGGCUUUGUUAAGGGUAAUGGGGUUUUAAGAGAUGUAACAAGAUGGCUAGAAGAAAACUAUAAUUAUGAUGAUUAUAUUAGACAGCAGAGAGAAAUCAAAGCAAAACAAUUAAGAGAAGAUAGUGUGUUGCAGCAGAGGCAAAGGGAGGAGCAAUUGAAACGAGACUAUGAAGCUAAUGUGAGAAGAAGAGAGGAAAAAUCGACAAAGGACACAGGUUUUGAUGAUAGCUACGGGGGUGGUGGUGGUGGUGAUGAUGAUAAGGAUACUUUGAUCAAGAGACGCUCAAAUAGCAUCUACGAUGAUGAGAAUGGAUCACCUGUGAGAGUGAAAGGAAAAGCAAGAGUCAAACUCGAAGAGCCAUCACCUUUUAAGGAGACUAAUUCAUCAACCAAAGUGGAAAUCAAAUCAAAACAGUCCAUCUUAGAUAAGUAUAAGAAGCCCAAUUUCAAAAAUCAACAUCAACCUACUCUUGAAAAUUUUGGAAGACUUGCUUCGUUAUCAAACCCCACCAACAAGAAAAGGAAACUAGCUAGAGGCUCAUUGUUGGAUAAUGAGUCAGUGGUAUCUUCAAGGUCUGAAUCCUCGUCACCAGUUCCAGCUCCAACUUCAUUGAGUGCAAGAUUCAGCUUUAAUGAAGGAGGAGCCACAAGUCUAAGCAACAGUGGAACUGAAUCACCUCUUGAUGAGUUAGAAGAGCUGGAGAGGAGGAUUGCUGAGAAUCGUAGGAAAGCAAAGUUGCAUAAACUUCAGUACCAAUCCCAUUCUAAGUCCCAGUCCCAGUCGCAACGUAUUUCUAAACAUCAGGUAAUUACAAUAAGUGAUGAUGAGGAUAUCUUGGAUGAUGACAACCUUAGUGAUUCGAUGUCAGAAGACGGUUUGGAAGUUGGUGCAAAUGAAGGGAUCACUAGUAUAGAUGCCAAGAUUUUUGAGUUUAUCAACAAUGCUCCAAUUGAGGACAUUAUAGAUAUUUCAGGAGUUGAACCUGAAGUUGCUGAAGUUGUGAUUAGUCAGCGUCCUUUCCAGAACAUAUACGAGAUAUCUGAAAACGAUUUUACAAUUGCAGGUGCGGAUGCUCCUAAAAGCAGUAGAAAAAAGAAAGUAGGAUUGCGAAUGAUUGAGCAAACUGAAUCGAGCUUGAGAGGAUACAAAGCGAUUGAUUCAUUGAUCAAGAAAUGUGCAGAGUAUGGGGACAUCAUUGCAACACAAAUGAAAAAAUGGGGAGUGACUAAUACUGGCACAGAAGGAGAACUCGAUUUAGUAGACUUGGAUCCGAUGGAUAGUGGCGACGAUGGUAAGAAGCAAGAGGAUGUUUCAGUUAUAGACGUUGAUGAAUCAGAUGACGAUAUUAUCCAUGUAGAAAAAGGUUUGAAAUACAUUAAACAUAAGCCAUUGCUUUUAAGCGAUGAAAUCACAUUGAAUAAUUAUCAACAAGUUGGGGUCAAUUGGAUUAACUUGUUGUAUCAAAAUAGGCUUUCGUGUAUUUUAGCCGAUGAAAUGGGAUUGGGGAAAACCUGUCAAGUUAUCGCAUUUCUAGCAUAUUUGAAACAAGCAGGCGAAAAGUCACCACACUUGAUUGUUGUACCUGCAUCUACGAUUGAAAACUGGAUUAGAGAGUUUGACAAGUUUUGUCCUGAAAUCAAGGUACAGGCUUACUAUGGUACGCAGAGAGAAAGAGAAGAUUUGAGAUACGAUUUACAGGAUUCUGAUUUUGAGGUAUUGAUUACAACUUAUUCACUUGCAUGUGGGUCUCCACAAGAUGCGAAAUUCCUAAGAAACCAGAACUUUAAUGUAGUGGUUUACGACGAAGGGCAUUUGUUAAAGAACUCGCAAUCAGAGAGAUAUUCAAAGUUGAUGAGAUUGAAGGGAAAUUUUAGACUUUUGUUGACCGGUACUCCUUUACAAAACAAUUUAAAAGAAUUGAUUUCAUUGCUUGCAUUUAUAUUACCAGAUGUUUUCAACGACAAGAAGGAGGAUUUAGUUGGAAUCUUCCGCCAAAAAGCAAGUGCCAUUUCUGAAAAUGAAAAGUCGACCUCACUGAAAAAAAAGGAUUAUAAUCCGCUUUUAUCCCAACAAGCAAUCAAAAACGCCAAAACAAUGAUGACUCCAUUUGUUUUACGUAGACGUAAGGAUCAAGUGUUGCAGCACUUGCCUGUUAAAUGUCAUGAAAUUUGUUAUUGUCAAUUAACAAUUGACCAAGCAAAAUUGUAUAAUAAAUUCAUUGAAGAUGGUAGAAGAGUUAGAUCUGAGAGGGAAAAGAGGAAAAAUUUGUCGUCGGCGGAGGCAGCGAAGUUGAACAGGAAGGAUCCUAUUCCCACUUCGUCUAAUGUGUUGAUGCAAUUGCGCAAGGCUUCGUUGCAUCCAUUGUUGUUUAGGGUCCUUUAUACUGAUGACAAGUUGAAAUUGAUGGCAAAGGCGAUAAUGAAUGAACCUGAGUAUGUUGAAGCCAAUCAGCAAUACAUUUGCGAAGACAUGACUGUGAUGUCAGAUUUCGAGUUGAACAACUUGUGUAUGAAAUUUCCACAUACUUUAAAGAAAUGGCAACUUCCUGAGGAGUCAUUUUUGAACAGUGGUAAAGUUAUCGAGUUGGAGAAGAUAUUAGAUUCUAUAAUUCACAAGAAACAUGAAAAGGUUUUAAUCUUUUCUUUAUUUACACAAGUAUUGGACAUUUUGGAAAAAGUAUUGACCAUAUUCAACUACAAAUUUGUGAGGUUGGACGGUAGCACCAAAGUCGAAGAACGUCAAGAAACGAUUGAUAUUUUUUACCAGGAUGACACUAUCCCGAUAUUUUUGCUUUCUACUAAGGCAGGUGGAUUUGGUAUCAACUUGGUUGCCGCCAAUAAUGUGAUUAUUUUUGAUCAGUCAUUUAAUCCACACGAUGAUAAGCAAGCGGAGGAUAGAGCUCAUAGAGUUGGACAAACUAAAGAGGUUACAGUAUACAAACUUAUCACAGACAAGACUGUUGAAACCAAUAUGUUGAUGAUUGCUGAAAACAAACUACAAUUGGAUCAAAGUAUUUCAGGGGACGCAGUUGAUAAUGGUAAAUUUGAAGAGAAUGCAGCAUCAAUUUUUGAAAAGAUAUUAUUUUCUGACAAGAAAUCUAUUUAG